GAGAAACAUCCGCUGCCGGUAUUGACCCUUUGUUAGGGAACUGAGAAAAAACGCUAGUACAGUACUCAUCUCGCAUCUCUCCCCUAUUCUGCCACUGCCCGAAAGCCUGCUAUACCGACGCCGCAAAUACGGACGGCAAACAGUUCUAACCACCCCACCAAGCUCCCGCCCCACCAUCUCCAUCCUCAAUAUACCCAACAACCCCGCACUCUUUUCGCCCCAUCAACCUCAUCCUCAACGCUCUGAUGGCCCUUCCAAAGCGCAUAAUCAAAGAGACCGAACGUCUGGUUGCUGAACCAGUUCCAGGAAUUAACGCCGUCCCGCACGAAGAUAAUUUGCGUUACUUCGAUGUUACUAUCCAUGGCCCCACUCAAAGCCCGUAUGAGGGAGGAAUCUUCCGUCUCGAGCUAUUCCUCCCCGAGGAUUAUCCCAUGACACCCCCGAAGAUCAGAUUUCUUACCAAGAUCUACCACCCGAAUAUCGACAAACUUGGGAGAAUUUGCUUGGAUGUGCUCAAAGGAAACUGGUCCCCUGCGCUUCAGAUCCGUACCAUACUUUUGAGUAUUCAAGCUCUCCUCGGGGCGCCUAACCCGGAUGACCCGCUGGCAAAUGAUGUUGCCCAGAGAUGGAAGGAAGAUGAGAGGGCUGCUAUCGAGACUGCAAGGGAAUGGACCAUGACCCACGCAAGAGUCUAGAGUAGCAGCUUGUUCACUCAUUCUCCCAACAAACAUAACUUUAUGACUGCUUUUUAAUCUAUCGGUUUGUACUUAUAAAGCGAUACGAGCUAUAAGGAGGCGGUCGGAGAUGGUCAUUGCUCUUUCAAACUUAACGUUCACCCCAACCUACUAUUUUUCUCGUGCGCUCUUUUGUGUAUGCCCAGUUUUGUUAUUUCACAUGUCUUGUACUCGGGAGUUGGAGAUAAGUUAGUCGGGGACUGCGGAAUAGAAAUCUGCAUUUGAUUCGG